CCAGGUUCUGGCUCUAGGGGUGGAACUGCACUUGCCGCGCUCUGUCGCACUUUGACACGCAGAUGCUGCGGAAGUUCGGCACCCAGCGCCGGCAGCCGGCGCUGUGGCGGCGGUGCCGUAGCCUCCGCCAAAUCAAGCAGGUCCACACCCUCCUGGUCCUCCGGGGCUUCCUCUCGGACCCCUCCGCGCUCCGCGAGCUCCUCUUCGCGUCCGCCGUCGCCGUGCGCGGCGCCAUCGCCCACGCCUACCACGUGUUCGACCAAAUCCCGCACCCGGACCUCUUCAUGUACAACACCCUCAUCCGCGGCGCCGCGCACACCUCCGCGCCCCGGGACGCCGUCUCCCUCUACGCGCGCAUGGCGCGGCUCAGCAGCUGCGGCGGCGUGAGGCCCGACAAGAUCACCUUCCCGUUCGUGCUCCGGGCGUGCACCGCCAUGGGCGCGGGUGGCACCGGGGCGCAGGUGCACGCGCAUGUCGUGAAGGCUGGACUGGAGUCCGACGCGUUCGUCAAGAACGCGCUCAUCGGCAUGCACGCGAGCUGCGGAGAGCUGGGUGUUGCAGGUGCUCUGUUUGACCUCAGGGCGCGUGAGGACGCUGUGGCGUGGUCGGCGAUGAUCAGCGGCUGUGCAAGGAGAGGGGAUAUUGGUGCUGCCCGGGAGCUGUUCGAUGAGUGUCCUGUAAAGGACCUUGUGUCCUGGAACGUGAUGAUCACCGCAUAUGCCAAGCGGGGGGAGAUGGCCCCAGCAAGAGAGCUGUUCGACCAGGCACCUGAGCGUGAUGUCGUGUGCUGGAACGCCAUGAUCUCUGGGUAUGUGAGAUGUGGCUCGCACAAGCAUGCCAUGGACUUGUUUGAGCAGAUGCAGCGCAUGGGCAAAAAGCCAGAUGUUAUCACAAUGCUGAGCUUACUGUCAGCCUGUGCCGACUCCGGUGAUCUAGAUGUUGGCCGAAGGUUGCAUUCCUCUCUUUCAGAGAAGUUCUCAGGAUCUGGUUUUACUGUAGUCCUGGGAAAUGCACUGAUCCACAUGUACGCAAAAUGCGGGAGCAUGAAGAGUGCACUGGAGGUGUUUCGGGUGAUGCGAGAUAAGGAUGUCUCAACUUGGAAUUCAAUCAUAGGAGGAUUGGCACUGCACGGGCACGCCCUGGACUCCAUAAACGUGUUCAAGAAAAUGUUGAAAGAGAGAGUCAGGCCUGAUGAGAUCACCUUCGUCGCAGUCCUUAUCGCAUGCAGCCAUGGCGGUAAGGUUGACAAGGGGCGUGAGUACUUCAAGUUGAUGCAACAGCAGUACAGGAUUGAGCCCAAUGUCAAGCACUAUGGUUGCAUGGUUGAUAUGCUGGGUCGUGCCGGGCUUCUGAAAGAAGCAUUUGAGUUCAUUGACACCAUGAAGGUGGAGCCUAAUUCUGUCAUCUGGAGGACGCUUCUUGGGGCUUGUAGGGUCCAUGGUGAGAUCGAACUGGCUGAGCAUGCUAACAGACAUCUGCUAAAGGCGAGGAGCGAUGACAGUGGGGAUUAUGUGCUCCUUUCAAACAUCUAUGCUUCAGCUGGAGAAUGGUUGGAGUCGGAGAAGAUGAGAAAAUUGAUGGACGACAGCGGUGUCAACAAGGAGGCAGGUCGCACGGUUGUAGAUGGCAGCGCGAAGGAUCAAAUGCAGUCUUUUAGAGAGUCAAAAUGCGCAUCAUGGUCUGAAAGGCUUUAUUGGUUGAGUAAGAGCAUCAGGUUGCAGAUUGAUUGCAUGAUCACAGUCCCUCUUGGGUGGCAGGCUAGUUGGUUCAGAGAAAACAUCUUGGAAUUUGUCCAGCAUUUCAGUAAUUUCAGUAUGGGAGUACAAGGGCUGGUAGGUAAGCUUUCAUCAACAAAUGUAAUUUCUUCUCCAGUGGUGUUUCUGAUUACUAGCCUCAUGUUUGGUAGGUCAAAAGUGACAGGGCUGUGCCUGUACAUCCAGUCUGCUCCUAGGAUUAUAUCAUAUCCAGUGAGCUGUAGAACUCUGAAAUCAGAGAGCAGUUCCACUCCUUGAAUUUGGUAUGGGGCUUGGAAACAGUAGAAAUCACUAAGUAGCUUUCCUCCAUUAGCUACAGUUACUGGAACUUGUUUCACUGGUGUAAUGCUGUAACCAGAUUGCAGAGCAGCUGUUGGAGAUAUAAAAGUGGUGGUGCUGCCACUAUCUACCAGAGCUAGGACUACUGUUUUCCCGAUUUGGACUUGUAGUGUAAAAGUGUGCUUGCUUUUUGCUUCAGGAAUACCAGUUGCUGCAUGCAUGGAUAUCUUAAGCUCUUGCUUGUCAGGUGGUUCCCCUGCAGCAUCAGACAUUUCCUCUUCUGCAUCUACUAUGUAGAUUAUCUCUGGAUUUCCUGAUUGCUCUUGCAAUGCUUGAAUUUGUGCUUUUUGAGACAUCUUGCACACCUGUUUGUGGCUAGGGAACCAGGGCUCUCUGCAUUUGUAGCAAAUACCUUUUUCUCGAGCUUGUUGAAUAACAGCAGAAGCAGAAGUAUUGUUGGGAAGUGUUGUUUUGGGUUGUUCCCAAACUGUUGUUUUCUUGUAGUUGGAAACAUAUGGUCUUGGAGGAGCAGGAGGUGGACAUGACUGUUCAAUUCUCCUUGCUAACCACAUGGCUUUUUGCAUAUCAACUGGCUCUAGGCACUCAAGAUGGCUUUGUAUGUAGGGAUUCAACCCUGAGAUGAAACUGUGCAUAUAGUAAUUAUCAGGUAUUGCUGGACUGUCCCUUCUCAUCAGAUUCAUGUUGUGCUCAAAUUCAGAUAUGUAUUGAGUUACUGAAGAUGUUUGAGUGAGCUUGUGAAAGGAUUUCACAUUUUCACAGAUGGAUGUCACAGCAAAUCUCUGGGUAAUCGCCGAACAGAAUUUAUGCCAAGGAGUGUUGGACACAAUGAAACCAGUGCUUCUCCACCACUGGAUUGCUUCACCUUUCAAGUAGGAUACUGCUAUCUCUGUUCUUUGCUCAAUAGGGGUUCUGGAAGCAGAGAAAUAUUGUUCAAUAUUUUGUAUCCAAGAGUCUGCAUCAAUCCCUUCAAAUUCAGCAAUGUUGAGUUUGGCAGGUUUGACAGAAAGGAGACUCCUUCUGACUUCAGGAGUGUGUGACCUGUGUUUUUCUUUUCUCAUCUCUUCUUCAGGUAUCUCUUCCACAGUCAGAAUUUGUCUGGCCCCUUGCCCUGGGUACUGUUGAGGUGUGUGGAAUUCCUGUUUAUUUGCU